AUGGACAAAUGUAAUGAAUUUUCUAAUAAUAAAUUCUCAAAUGAAUUCACGAAUGAAUUUACUAAUGAAUUUACUAAUAAUGAAUUUUCUAAGUUUAAAAAUGGAUUUAGUAAUUUGAAUAAUGGAUUAACUAAUAUUAAUACUGAUGUGAAGAAAUUUAAUUUUUCAUUUGGAUUGGAUGACUUUAGUAGUUUAGGUAAACUAAAGAAUGAGUUCCGUGAGAAUCUUGAAAUAUUAGAGAAUUAUUUGAAAAAUGAACCUAAAACUGAGCAAGAAUGGGAGUCUGUACUUAAUUAUAAAAAUAAUUUUAAAUCAAGACUAAAUGAGGCCAAUUCUCAAGUUUCUCGACUUUUGAAGCAGUGGAUGAAUUCUGAUAGUGUAAAGUAUUUACAAGUUCAGAGAUAUAGUAGUAUUUUUGACCAAUUAACCACAGAGUUUAACAACUGUUCUAGACAAAUUGAUACCAGAUAUCAACGGUUCAUAUUGUUUAGUUCACCUGAUAAAUACUAUAAAGAAGAAAAUACAACUAAAAUUACACAGUCUGGUAUGGGAUUAGUAGAUGCUAUUAUGGAUGUGGAAUCAUUAACUGGUCAAGCAUCUCAGAAUCUUGAACUUCUUAAAAGAGGGAACCGUAAACUAGCUAAAAUAUAUAAUAGAGUAAAUACUAUAGUCAAUAAACAUUUAUUUGAUGUACAAAAACUUCAAAAGAAUAUUAACUUUAUAAUGACUCGAAAUCGAGCUAUUUUCUCCAUUAUCAUUGGAAUCUUUUUAUUUUUCAUCUUUUGUAAAAUAUUUUUAAAGUUCUUUUAA